UCAAAUUUUACUUUUCUGUUUCCGCUCAGUCGUCCUGCUUGAACGAGCAAUAACAAAACCCUCUCUUUCUAUUUGUGUGUGUGUGUGUGUGCACCCCCACCGCUCUCCUCUUUUUUGUUUCCAGUGGAAAAAAAAAAAUGAAUUUUAACAUCUUCAAACCGAAGCAAAAGACACCACACGAUUUGGUACGGUUGACUAAAGAUGCCAUUAACAGACUCGAUGGGCCUGACCGACGCAAGGCAAAUGAGGAGAUAUCAAAACACCUCGUGUCCAUGAAGACCAUUCUCUAUGACAGUGAUCCAAGUCCAGAUCUGGUUGCACAGUUGGCACAAGAAAUCUACCACAAUGACCUAUUACAAGGGCUCGUAAUCAACAUCAGCAAACUCGACUUUGAGGCAAAGAAGGACGUAGCACAAAUCUUUAACAAUUUACUGCGAAGGCAGAUAGGAUCACGGUGGCCCACCGUCGAGUAUCUUUGCACACGAGAAGACUUGCUGUUUGCUUUGCUGCAAGGAUACGAGCAUCCCGAAGUCGCAUUGAAUUGUGGAUUAAUUUUACGCGAAUGUUUGCGAAACGAAGCACUUGCCAAGAUCAUUCUUUACUCCAAAAAGUUCUACCUGUUUUUCGACUAUGUCGAAAUGAGCACGUUUGAUAUUGCCUCUGAUGCCUUUGCGUCGUUCAAGGAAAUCCUAACAAAGCAUAAGCAAAUGGUGGCCGAGUUUCUGGAUGCAAAUUACGAUGAGUUCUUUGAACAUUAUCGUCGAUUGUUGACCUCAUCAAAUUAUGUCACAAAGCGCCAGUCGCUCAAGCUACUGGGAGAAAUUCUCCUGGAUCGAUCCAACUUUAGUGUGAUGACACGUUAUAUCAGUAAUGCCGAAAACUUAAAGUUAAUGAUGAACCUCUUGCGUGAUCGCAGUCGAAACAUUCAAUUCGAAGCGUUCCACGUGUUCAAGGUCUUUGUGGCCAACCCUAACAAGAACAAGCCUAUUCUGGAUAUCCUUCUUAAAAACCAAGAAAAGCUGGUUGUUUUCUUGAGCAAUUUCCAUAAUGAUAGACAAGACGACGAGCAGUUCAAUGACGAAAAAGCAUUCCUUGUGAAGCAAAUCCAGGAUCUGAGACCCGUUAGUGAAUAAAACAGAAUAAAAGCAAACACACAUACCUCUCUUUAUAUCUUCACCAGUAUCCGAUUAGUGCGCCCUUUUUGCUCUAUACUAUCCUAGUAUGGUGUAUACAUUUGUUAGCUUUUAAUAACGCAUGCUUCUAGUACUAUAUGUCAGCUAAAUAGCUGAUAGUUUCUUCACAUAGGACAUAUUAAACUCGGGGGUGAGCAUAUAAUUAUGGAGAGGGAGGAGAAACUAGUAGAAAAUAAGCAUGUUGAGCUGUCAAGGAGCCGUGCUUGUCUUGGACUGACUUGGCGCUGCUGUUGCCACAGCGAACACGAUAAGAG